GGAAGAUAACUCGCGUUUUGCUGUUGUCUCCUGCACUUUACGUUUAUGUAGGCCUGCUGUUUAGAUGUACGUAUAAUAGGAGAGUGCAUUAGGAGAUAUAUAUUACACACAAGAUUGAACAGACUGAGUUAAUGAGAUGGAGGACGACAACAAAGCAGAUAUAGGAAAAGAUCUGAGGUGGAUCUAGUGAAGAGGACAUAGGAAAAGAUCUGAGGUGUAUCUAGUGAAGAGGAUAUAGGAAAAGAUCUGAGGAGUAACGAGUGAAGAGGACAUAGGAAAAGAUCUGAGGUGUAUCUAGUGAAGAGGACAUAGGAAAAGAUCUGAGGUGUAUCUAGUGAAGAGGAUAUAGGAAAAGAUCUGAGGUGUAUCUAGUGAAGAGGAUAUAGGAAAAGAUCUGAGGAGUAACGAGUGAAGAGGACAGGAAAAGAUAGUAAAGAGAAUGUAUAAGAAAAGAUUUCAGGAGUACUUUAGGUAGUGAACAGGCCAUUUUUCCAAACAAUAGAAAUAUAUGCUGCUAAUGUGAUCAUGAGAACAAGAAAAUCAUCAGUCAUUUCUGGUACUACUAGACCAAUACAAAGACAGCAAUGGAAUUCUUACGAGAUCACACAUUUGCGUCGAGCUGUUACCUUCAUACCCGAGGGCAACCCAGAAUUCUGGGAGUUGGUACAGCAGAUGGUAGGAACCAAAACCAAGGAGGAAUGUUGGAAGCAGCACCAGAUAGACCUGGUAUCAGGGGAAAGCACUUAUCCAAUGGAGACAAGCAUAGGAGUAACUGACCUCAGGGAGACGAGCAUAGAAGUUAAUGAACCAAUGGAAGCAAACAUAGAAGAAAUUACUGACCCAAGGGAGGCAGGCAUAGGAGAAUUUACUGACCCAAGGGAGAUACAAAUAGAGGUUACUGACCCAAGGGAAGGAAGCAUAGGAGAAUUUACUGACCAAAAGGAGAUAAACAUAGAAGUUACUGACCAAAGAGAGACAAGCAUAGGAGAAGUUACUGACCCAAGGGAGGCAAACAUAGAAGUUACUGACCCAAGGGAGGCAAACAUAGGAGAAGCUACUGGCCCAAGGGAGACACGUAUAGACGUUACUGACCCAAGGGAGACAAGCAUAGGAGAAGUUACUGACCCAAUUGAAACAAGUAUAGAAGUUACUGACCCAAGGGAGACAAGCAUAGGAGAAGUUACUGACCCAAGAGAGAUAAACAUAGACAUUACUGACCCAGGGGAGGCAAGUAUAGGAGAAGCUACUGAUACAACAGAGUCAAACAAAGGAGAAUUCUUUGAAAAUCAAGAUGCCUCACAUUUGGCUACACUGGAUACCAGAUUUAAAUCAUCUGCCAAAAUAUCAUACGAGCAAUUAGAAGAAAAGAGUAUCUUUGAGGACAAAACAUCAAAAUGUGAUGUUGGCGAAAAAGAAAGGUACAAUGCAGAAGAGCAGAAACGUAGUAGCCGCAAUAAAAGAGAUGGAGAAAAUUAUUACCAGUGUGAUGUUUGUGGUAACGGUUUCAACAUUAAGUCAUUGUUCUUGAGGCAUUACCUGCUGCAUAAAAAGGCAAAGUUAUAUAAUUGUGAUGAGUGUGGAAAAGGUUUCACUUCCAGGUCUUGGUUGCACCGCCAUGUCCGAAUGCAUAAAGAGAAAAGUAAGGGAUGCAAGUCGAAGGAUGUUACAAAGAAACCCCCUUGUGUUUAUACAGAAGCAAAACCAUACAAAUGUGAUAUAUGUGGUAAAGGGUUCUGUGACAAGUCUUCUGUGAGGAGACACCUUUGUGACCAUAAAGAAGAGAGACUGUACAAAUGUGAUGUUUGUGGUAAGGAGUUCAAAGGCCAGUAUGAUUUGAAGACACACCUUCGUAUUCAUACAGGAGAAACACCGUACAAAUGUGAUGUUUGUGGUAAGGGGUUCAGUGACAAGUCUUCUGUGAGAAGACACCUUCCUGUCCAUACAGGAGAAAACCCGUACAAAUGUGAUGUUUGUAAUAAAGAGUUCAGUAGGGUGUCUCAUAUGAGGAGACACAUUCGUGUCCAUACAGGAGAAAAACCGUACAAAUGUGAUGUUUGUGGUAAAGGGUUCUGUGAAGUGUCAUCUUUGAAGAGACACAUUCUUGACCAUAAAGAUGAGAGACUGUACAAAUGUGAUGUUUGUGGUAAGGGGUUCAACGGCCAGUAUGGUUUGAAGAUACACGUUCGUAUUCAUACAGGAGAAAGACUAUACAAAUGUGACAUUUGUGGUAAGAGGUUCAGUGACAAGUCUAAUAUGAGAAGACACAUUCCUGUCCAUACAGGAGAAAAAUCGUACAAAUGUGAUGUUUGUGGUAAGGGGUUCAGUAGGAUGUCUCAUAUGAGGAGACACAUUCGUGUCCAUACAGAAGAAAAACCGUACAAAUGUGAUGUUUGUAGUAAAGGGUUCAGUAACAUGUUUAAUGUGAGGAGACACCUUCGUGUCCAUACAGGAGAAAAACCGUAUAAAUGUGAUGUUUGUAAUAAAGAGUUCAAUAGGGAGUCUCAUCUGAGGAGACACGUUCGUGUCCAUACAGGAGAAAAACCGUAUAAAUGUGAUGUUUGUAAUAAAGAGUUCAGUAGGGUGUCUCAUCUGAGGAGACACGUUCGUGUCCAUACAGCGGAAAAACCAUACAAAUGUGACAUUUGUGGUAAGAGGUUCAGUGAUAAGUCUUCAGUAAAGAGACACCUUUCUGUUCAUACAGGAGAAAAACCGAACAAAUGUGAUGUUUGUCAUAAAGGUUUCAGUAGGGUGUCUCAUCUGAGGAGACACGUUCGUGUCCAUACAGAAGAAAAACCGUAAAAAUGUGAUGUUUAUGGUAAGGGGUUCAUUGAGAAGUCUCAAGCAAAGAGACACCUUCGUGUCCAUACAGGAGAAAACAUUACAAAUGUGAUGUUUGUGGUAAGAGGUUCAGUAACAUGUCUCAUUUGAGGAGACACCUUCGUGUCCAUACAGGAGAAAACCCGUACAAACGUAAUAUUUCUGAUAAAAGGUUCAGUGACAAGUCUUAAUGUGAGGAGACUGCACCUUCGUCUUCAUACAGAUGAAAAAAAUGUGAUGUUUGUUAUUAGUGGCUCAGUGCGAAGAGACAUAGAAGAGAAAAUCCUUACACAUGUAAUUAUUGUGAUAAGGUGUUCAGUAAGUAGUCUAAUUUAAAUUAAGGCACACUUUCGUGUGAAGGCAAACAUUCAUCCACAACACUAACCUAAAUGUCAUCCCCAUUAUAGUGUUCUACAAUACAUGAUUGGCUCGCUACCCUAGAUGUCAUCCCCUUUACGGAGAAAAAAUUACAGUACCUACAACAUGUCAGGAAAGCGGGGAGUAUUAAUUCCAUUAAUUUGCUUGUUUUUAUUCUUAUGUUAAUAAAAUGUCAUAAGGACAUCAUUAAUUGUAAUUGCUGGUUUCAAUGUCAUUAUUUGUUUAUUGGGCAUUACAGCAUCUAGCUGAUUUUUAACACAAUGAAAAAAAUAAUGGCCAGUAAUAAUUUGGCCUGAUCACUUCUAUGGUUAUUAUUUUAUCUGUUUGAAUAGAGAUUACACAAUGAAAGAUCGUUGUAUGGGUAUUUUUUGUUUCACUCGAGUUAGUAAUUUUCUAAAAGAUACAAAAAGCACGAGCUUCAGCUUGUGUGUUUUGUAAGUGUGUAAACGUGUCGACGUGUUUUCUUUUUACAAUAUCAUUUGGGUUUAAUGAUAUGACCUAAAGUGAACUACCACUGAUUGAUAUGAAAAACUGACAAUUUCGUAAUUUCCUUGACAUUGUGAAGCGGCCUGCAAGCGUUAGCCAAUCAAAACCAUUAGUCUACGUGAUUUAAAGGAAAUAGUCCCGGUCAAAGGUCACCGUGUCAACCAAUGAAAUGCAUUUAAAGAUUGUUCCUCGUUUGGUAUUAACUGAAUGUUAUUUAACAGUUGUAUUAUUUCUUGUCUUUGGAGUUGAAUAACACCCACGUCCUGUGUUCGAAUGAGAAUUAUAGCAUGAGUGUUUGUGCGUACAUGUAAUAGAAUCAACGCCGAAAUGUACAGGGGGAAAAGGCGUAUCCUAUACAAAUGCCGUAUGUCUUUGCUGUAGUUAGUGAUACUUCGGGUCGAAUUAAAAAAUUUCGAAGAAUUUUUGUCUCUCUUGAGAGUAAAGCUGUUAUAUUAAUGUAAAGAUUAUAACUUUUUCUACUUAGGAAAAAUACACAUUUAACAUGAAUUUCAAUGUUGACGACCCAAACUUUAUUCAAACGAAGGAAUGCCCCUUUAAUGACCAGUACUGUUUGGACCUAAUCACAUCCAUUGUCAUUAUGUUUUGUCUGUUUAAUUGGAGUUACAGUAUCAGGUUGAUAUUUUAUGAAAUGGAAAUAGAAAUUGCCAUUAAUUAUUGGGCCAAAUUAUUGCCAUAUUCAUCAUAAGUUUAGUUUAAUAAUAAUACAAUAUGUGACUUCAAAGCAAUUGUAACAAACUGAAAUAUGUAGUUCCCCUUCGAAAAAUUGUCAUGCCCAUUAAUAUCAAAUCUAUUGUUCAUAAAAGUAAGGCUUUUUUUUGCUAAAAUUGUAUUGCAAUAUAUUGCGAUAUUUUACAAAAUAUACAUAAUGAAAUUUAUUUUAGGAACUAUAAGCGUAAGAACAAUGAUAUCUGACUGUUUGAUAGUUGAUUUGUUUACAAUUUUAAUUGUUCUUCUGAAUAAAGUUGACAUGAA